AUGGCUAGCCCUCCUGUGCUAGCCUUCGAUGCUGAGGGCCGCCCAGUGAAGUUUGACACCUGGCUAGAUGACCUGCACCUCUUCCUACAGCUCACUGCCAAGGAGGACAUUUCACUGUACGAUCACGCCCUAGGCCAUGCUACUGCCCCUGACACUACUGCUGACAGCACUCUGCGCUCCCAGUGGCAGACCCGUGACGCGCACGCUCGCUUCGCUAUUCGCAACUCCCUACCGCUAGAUGAGCGCGAGCACUUCGGCCAGUGCAAGACUGCUAAGGAACUGUACACAGCCGUAGUUGCUCGUUACUCCUCACCGGCCUCUGCUACACUAGGCCGCCUCUCACUGCCCUACCUGUUCCCCGACCUGGCCUCCUUUCACACUGUUGCUGACCUCAUCACCCACCUCAAGACUAUCAGGGAUUCCUUUCUAGCUCGCUCCCCUACUGAGCUCACCAUUGCCCUCCUCGAGAAGGACCUACUUGCAGCUGAGGCGAGCAUCGUCGCCGUAGGUGCCUCUCGUGGCGAGCCCCGCACCCCCUUCUUUGAGGGGUGUUCCCCUUCCCCCCUUCUCCCCUCUGUCGCCUCUGCUUCUGCUGUCGACCUCCUUGGUGCUGAGAAGGUCGGGACCGCGUCUGCUUCGAGCGGGCGCCGCAGGACCAAAGGAGGCAAGGGUGGAGGUGGCGGCGGGGGAGGCGGGGGUGGAGGCGGUGGGAGUGGAGGAGGGGCUGGAGAGGCUAGUGGCGGCAGUGGGGGUAGUGACGGCAGCGGCGGAGGCGGUGGCAGGGGCGGGGGCGGCAGCGGGGGCGGCGGUGGUCGUGGCAGCGGCAGGGGAGGGGGUGGUCGAGGAGGUGGCAGCGGCGGUGGUGGUCGUGGAGGCGCUGGCGGUGGUCCGAGCCAGCAGCACACUCCGUCGCUCCAGGAGGCCCGUAAGUGGUAUGCGCAGUGUAGGGGGGCGGGUGGCCUUAGCUGCACGUACGUCAUCCGCACUGGUGACCGCGCUGGUCAGACGUGUGGGAAGCCGCACCCCACGCCGCGCUGUUUCGCGCGCCUUGACGACGCUUGGCGCGCUCAGUUCCCUGACGGCAAUGAGCUGCCCCGCUGGUUUGAUCUGGAGAAGAAGGGAAUUGAUAUCUGGGCUUUAGACUUUGAUGCUAUUCUCACUGCCAUGUAUGCUAUGUUUACUAGUGGAGAGGGUGCUCAGUACUUGCGUGUUCCGCCCGACCCGGGCAUUCUGACCAGUGAGGCUGCUGCUCUAGGUGCUAGUGCGUCUGCAGCUCCAGGUGCUCGCGUGUCUGCUACCCCCGGUGAUGGUGAGGCUGCCACUCUAGGUGCUGGUGAGUCUGUCUCCCCUGGUACUGAGUCGACUGCGGCACUGCACACCUUCACACUGGACUCAGGUGCUUCUCGCUGUUUCUUUCGAGAUCGCACUGCCCUUGAGCCACUCGCUCGGCCAGUUGCUGUCUCCCUCGCUGACCCCUCUGGGGGCCCGGUCAUUGCGACCUCCUCCACUGUUCUUCCCUGUCCUGCGGUCCCGUCUGGCACACUGACGGGGGUGUUCACCAGUUCACCCCUGCCUACGAGCGCGUGA